UAGUGUCAAUAAAUGGAGAUGCUGUUUACUUGCUAUAAUGAAAGUGAACUGGACGAAGCUCCAUGUCGACGUCGGCUGGCUGUCGAUCAUGGACAACGAUGCCGACCCAACCCCGAAAUGAACCGAGCCACGUCCACGACAUGCGCUCUUGGACUCAAGCCCACCUCUCACCAGUUCACCAUAUCCCCGAUUCCACGCGUACCAACGAGGCAGUUCAAUUGCACUUGUGUAUUGACCGCCUCACAAUCUAGCGACUGUUGUUAUCGCGCACAGCCAAACCAGCACACCAUAGAGACGCCACAUCAGCAACCUUGAUCGCGUGCACUGGGCAACCGAUCACCGACCACAUCGUAAUCAUGGCUAAGCAAACGUCAGACCGCAAAGUCAACAUUGUCUUCAUAGGUGCGGGGGCGGUCGGAUGCUUCUACGCGUCAAGGUUACAUCACCCCGAAAAUAGUCUUCAUGUCUCGCUGGUUGCCAGAUCAAACUACAAGGCCAUCGAGCAAUCGGGUGUCCAAUUAAAGACGCGGACGUUUGGCGACUACACGUUUCAACCGGAGGCGGCGUACCCAUCCGUCCAGGCGGCCGCCGGGGCUGAAGGCGGUUGGGACUUUAUCUUUGUGACGACCAAAGCGUUGCCAGAUGUCAGCGAUGACUCGGAAAUGAUCACGCCCCUGGUAGGCUCCAAGUCAUGCAUUGUUUUGAUCCAGAAUGGCGUUGGGGUGGAGGAGCCCUUCCGGAAGAGGUUUCCCCAAACACCUAUUGUGAGUGCCGUGACCAUUGUCAGCGCAGAGCAGAUAUCUCCCGGCGUGAUAAGGCAGAACCGUUGGACGAGAGUCAGCAUCGGCCCCUUUACAGAUGGGUUGGGCAAAACCGGGGAUACCGAGCUGGAGCGCCGUGGGCAUCAGGCAACGGAGGACCUGACGAGGUGGUGGACAGACCUCGGCGGCAUCAAGGACGUGGAGCCUCACGAUGAGGUUGGGCUGCAGACGGUGCGCUGGCACAAGCUGUGCAUCAACGCUGCCAUGAACCCUUCUGCUGUUCUGUCUGGUGGGCGCGGGAAUGCCUCCAUGGUCACCGACCCAGAGCUACGGCAGCACCUUGCGGGUGUCAUGCACGAGAUAUGGGAUGCAGCGCCCAAGAUCCUGGGGAGGCCAUUCCCAGACAGCAUGGCACGGCCUGAAAGGAUCCUGAAGAGCACGGAGCGCAACGUCGGUGCGAGGCCGAGCAUGCUCCUGGAUUGGGAGGCAGGACGACCCAUGGAAGUCGAGGUCAUUCUGGGCAAUCCUGUGAGGAUAGCUCGGGAGAGUGGUGUCGAGAUGCCGAGGUUACAGACGCUGUAUGCUUUGGUAAGGUCGGCGCAGGAGAUGAGGAAGCAGGCUCUCAAGGGCAAGCUGUGAAAACGAUCGACACGCAAGUCACAGUGGCGUCACAAGCAACAGCGAACGGGAAGUUGCAUUUUUGUCGAUUCGAGAUCAAGAUCGGAGGCUGUGACCAACGUCUCUGGGUAUCUACCUUUCCUGAGCUGCUACGUGUGAUCACCAAACGAUUGGUCAAACUCCACACUACGGCAUGGCACGUUCGAUGACAGGCAAAUAUCAAACUUGGCAGUCCAAGGCAUACGCGUCCUUUGAUUUCAUAGCGAUAUUUGAUUACUUGCACUCCCACUUUGGCGUCAAGAGU